UCGCGAGCAGCCAAGAUGUUGGUUGCUCCCACCGCGCAAAGAAGGGAAGGAAAGAACGAAGGGAGAAAAAAUCUUAAUGGCAAAUUAUGCGUACACGGUGUAAAUACGGUGCAGCGAGUUGUGCAGUUCUUUUUGUGAGCAAAAUCGUACACCAUUUGUGUGAAACUGUGCUGGAUGAAGCAUUUAGCGGGGCUAGCAUCGAUUGAAACUACGGUCGGUGCGGUCUAGCAACGGAACGUACGGGAAAAUGUCUUAUAAAAAAACAUAUGACUAAUCUUGCCCGUGGCUGCGCUACCCAUCCACGCGAAAUACGCGACUAUGGCGGUGGUGUGGUUGUUGAGCUCGCCUUAAGACACACACGGCGAAGCGAUAAACGCAUUGCCCCCGAGCAUGCUAGACAGACAUUAUCGGUGAAGAAGAAUUGAAAAGAAUUGUGCACGCAAGAUGAUGCUUCUAUCGGCAACGCAUCGAAUUGGACUGCAGCUGUGAUAAGUACCCAGUAGUACCAGCCAAAUGGACGAGGUGGUGGACAUGGACCCGAACAUGACAAAUCGGUUACAGCAACAUACCGUAGUAUUAGAUGAAGGUGCAGCACCACAGGCAAGCACAUCCUACUCCCGAGUGUCUCCCCCGAAAGCGAUCAUCGAUAGCAGUCCACUGCAAAGCGCCAUGGACAAGAACAAAGAAUCACUAAAAGUGAAGCUAUCGGUACGACGUACCGUCGACCAGCUCGUUCAGCAAGGAAUAAUGCCAUCACUGAAAACAUCCCCGGCAAUAUACGAACAGCGCAGGCAGCUGGAACGGGCCAAGACCGGAGAUAUGCUGAAGGCGAAGAUCAAAAAGCGGCCCGAUCGCGUGGAACUGGAACAGCGUCAUAUCCUCGAGCAAUGCGACAGCAACGUGGACCCGAGCUUGGCGGAAAAGCGCCGAAUGCUCGAGAAGGCGCUGCUGGUGGAUCAUCUCAACUCGAAGAUAUCGCACCGACCGGGACCGCUCGAUCUGAUCGGCAAGAACAUCCUGCACGUGGAGGAACCGAUCGAGCGCAUGGUAAAGGAAGGGCUGGUGGACUAUGCGUCGACGCUGGACGAAUCGAACGUAUCCGUGGCCACCACCCCCAGCAUGGUGGGCGAGGGUGAAGAUUCGCUAAGUUCCGAGGGUGAAUCGUUGCACAGUGUGGCGGUAGCGUUGGUAAGCCAGCCGGGGCCUGGCGCCACACUGCUGCAGCAUCAAAUACAGCUACAACCGUUGCACGCUCCAACACAACAACCUCAAACAGUGCUAGCAACAGCGGCAGCAGCACCAGUAGCUCAACCGGAAUUUUUUACCCUAAAGCCAACGAUACCGAUCGUCGUGAAUGAUGGGACGGUGCUGGCCGCGAUAGCGACGCCAGUCGUGACGACCAUUGCCACCGUCCCGAUGGAGCAGGGCAACAAGGGUAAUAAGAGCACCAUCGCAGCAAGUAACAGCACCAGUAACACCAGCAGCACGCCAACCACCGCGCUCCGACCAAUACUGCCAACGCCAAGUGCCAAUCUUACCAUGACAACGCUGCCGACGGACAUGAAGCUUCUCGGCAGCAACAGCACCACCUUCACGUCCGGCAAAGAGAAGCUGGUGAAGAAGAAAAGCAAGUCGAAGAGCAUCACCAAGGCAAAGCCGAUCAAGUUUCACGAGUACAAGGGUCCGCCAAAUGCUCACAAGGGCUCUUCGGCCUCCUCGUCGUCCUUGGCGGGGCACGGCGGCUGUGGCGGUACCGGGUCCGGUGGAUCCGACAACAACUAUCAAUUGAUCAUGCAGCAGCAGUACCUGCUGGAAUAUCUGGAAGAGAUGUGCAAAAAACCGACGGGCGUCUCUUCGCCGUCCAGCCGCGAACCGCAAAUCACCACGGAUGGGGAAGAAAUCACCGGCAGCGAUCAUACCCCGAUCGAUUCUCCGCUCAGUACGGGUGGAUCUUCCCGAAACAAAGGCUCCACCGCCGGGGGUAACGGUAGUGGCAGCGGCACGCUGCCCUCUACACCAGCCACCGGGGUGGAUCUUGCGGUGGAAACAUUAAAUAAGCUGAAGGUGUCACAGCUGAAGAAGUACUGCAAACAGUACAAUCUGGCCGUGUCCGGGACGAAGUCGAACCUUAUCGAACGGUUGAAGCCGUUAAUCAAGUCGAUCGAUCCUAACUGCUCUCUUGCGCUGGGGUCUCCCACCGGAGGAGGAGCAGGAGGAGCCACGGAGUCGGCCGAGCUGGAAGAUAGCUUGCUGGCCGAGCAGCAGAAACGCAUAGCGGAAUUGCAGCUGCAGCUGAAGAAGAGCCAGGAAGAGUUGGAACAAUUCCGCUCGCUGUGCAAUAAUCCCUUCGUUGGGCCGGGUACUGCUGACACAACACAGCCGAUGGUGGUCAGCGUUGCUCCACCGCCGCCACCACCGCCGCCACUGCCCCCGACCUCGCUUGGUCCGAUGCUGGUCGGUUCACCGUUCUCCAUAUCGACUGCGGACCCGUGCGAUCCGCCCAGCGUUGAUGCGAUUGGGCCGUCCACAGCCGACCAAACGACCGAGCUCGAGCACGUCUCAGCAGAAGCAAGUGUCCCAGCGCUCGAGGGAAGCUUCCUGCUCGAAGGACUCACAGCCGCCAAUCCCACCGCGGUUGAUUAUGGGCAUGAUAUGCGCGAGCAUAUCAUCGUCGAUCGUAGCCCAACGCAUCGGCCUACGCUGGACAAGGUGCUCGGCCAGGUGCAGCCAACCAUAUCCGGGCUGACGAUGAGCACGGAUGCAAACGAAGAACGUGGCGGUGGUAUGGCGCCCAUGGCCGGGUCCGCUAUGGGCACGAUCGUUGGCAGGGCUGGCGGUAAUGGGAAUGGCCGACCUGGCGGCGGAGACAUGCAGGACCUUUCGCUCAGCCUGAAAUCGGUCAAUUUCGACACGGUUAACGACACGGAAGAUGCGUCGAUGCAGCAGGACACGAUGAUGCUGAACGACUUUGGCGAUAUCGAUUUGGUUGACUUUCACAUGCACUCGCUGGACAGUGAUGGGCCGUUCCCGAUGAUAACGAACCACGAGCCAGAUCCGGCCGACACGGGCGAGCAUCGGCAGCACACGGCUCCGCAUCAAGCGAUCGGGUUGUUCUCUAGCAGAGAGGACGCUACCAACGGGGGUAAACUGCUAUCGAACGGUUUUACAGAUCCGGCACCAUCGCAGCACAUGCACGACGGUAUGCUGCACGACCAUGCGAACCAACAGCAUGCGUACUUGAACAACAAUGAUCUUGCGGGCACUGGCUGUGGUGAUGGUGCGAGUGUGAUGCUGCAGCUGGAUUUGAUGGAUCAGUCUGCCAACGGGAAGCCGCUAACGUUCGGCAGCCUGCACCAUCACCAGCAUCAUCUACAGCAGCAUCACGCGAGUCAGCAGCUUCAGCAUCAGCAUCAUAGUGACAGCAACAACAACACCAGCUACGAUGGCAGUGGCAGCCGAGCGGCCACGAUCGGAUCGGUCCGGUUUUCCGUGCAGGAUCAGCCCGUCGCAAGUACCAGCACCAGCAGCAGUAGUAGCAGCACCAGCAGCAGUCCCAGCAGCUGCUUCCGAGCGCUGGGAAGCACAUCAUUUUCGUCGAAACAUGCCAACAAACAGAACCAUCAUCAUCUUAAUUUACAUCAACAGCAGCAGCAGCAGCAACAGCAACAUCACCAACAACAGCACCAGCAACAGCAGCCCCAUCACCAGAACCUGCUAGACCAGCUGUCGACACCAUCCGCCACCGCCAGCGAUACGAUCGACUCGUACCAGGACAAUGCAAUGGAUUUCGAGAGCUUGCUCGUGUCCGACACGGAUAGCAUGCUGACGGCCAACAACUGCCACCGGAUGAUGCUGGACUGUGCGCAGGACAAGCCCAUGUACACCUAUCUGCCGGAUCCGAGCAUACUAGACUACUUCUCCGAAGAUUGUAACGGGCUCGAUUACGAAAUAAAGCAUCUGGAGUACUAAGCAAAACCCCCGCCGUCGCCGUGAAGCAACCAUGAACGUAACCGUGGCGGAAUACGGAUUCCGCACAAGUAUUAUUAAAUACCCCCCCGUCCCCCUCUUUACUUCGCCUGGGGAAAGCAAUACAGCGAGCGACCGGUGGACUUCGCCGGUGGGCCCGGUUCGGUUGUUUCUCUGCCCGUCUCUCAGACAUUAUGCGCGCGCUCGAGAAUGCAAUGCGGAGGGGGUUUCACGGGGUUUCUUCCUAAGCCUUUUACCAUGUUUGCUAGUUUUAUUAGGUGCAAGUAAUAACGUUAACUCUACUACAACAGAGGAGCGGCGAAAACGGGAAAAUGGGAGGAAAAAAAAAAACGGAAAAUGAACUCGAAUCGAGUGGAGAGUCGAAACGUGCAAAAUACGUCAGUGCUGCUGCUGCUUGAUGCUGCUUGAUGCUACUCCCAGCUCCAUCUCCUCAGGGAGCUCAUCUUACGGUUGGUCGCAGCUCCGGAUCGGGAGCGGCCAUGGCGUAACCCAGCUCGCGCAGCGCACGCUUGACGUCGACGAACACCGUCGGAUCCUCGACCGUAGCCGGUAUGGUGAUGUGUUUGUUUGCGGCCAGAUCUGCCAUCGCUUUGCGCAACGUUUUGCCUGCGCGGGAAGAAACCGAUAACCAGGACCGAUGGUUAAACAGCGGACGGGCUGAUACAGCUGGUCGGUCGGCGAACACUUACCCGAUCUGGUGCGUGGUAGGCUUUGUACUUGGGCGGCUAGUUUGAAGGCGGCGAUCGGUCCGAUCACCUCCCGGAUGAUGUUGAUCAGCUCGACCGACAUCUUGGCGGCCGGUUUUGAGACGUUCGCCUUCGUCACGUACAGACAAAGCGGUAUCUGGCCCUUGGUCGGUUCGGGCACCCCGAAGACGGCCGCAUCCGCCACAUCCGGAUGGCGCAGUAUGGCGUCCUCCAGGCUGGAGGUGGAGAUGCGAUGCCCGGCCACAUUGAUCACGUCGUCAUCGCGUGCCGUCACGUAGAUGUACCCAUUCUCGUCCUUGUACCCGGCAUCCAUCGUGUCGUAGUAGCCCUAGCAACGCAAACGAUCCACGCAAACAGUGAGAGAGGGUGAGUCUCAACAAACUGACAAAAGUGGAGGAUCAUUACCGGAAACCGCUGGAAGUACGUCUUGCGGAACAGCUCAUCGCUGCGGUACAGGGUCGCCAUGUUGCCCGGUGGAAGCGGCAGCUUCACCACGAUACGGCCCAGCUCGUUCGUCUUCGCCUCGUGCCCGUUCUUGUCCAGCACGUAGAUAUCGUACCCGCAGAACGGGAGGCCCGUCGUGAAGGGUGGCGUCUGCAGGUUCUGUGCAAACCCGACGCACGUCGCCGUGAUGGCCGAGCCGGUCUCCGUUUGCCACCACUGGUUCAGCACGGGCACCUUGAAGAUGUUGCGCAUCCAUUUCUACCGAGCAGAAGGCGAAAGGAGGGAGGCACCCAUGGAAGAAGGUUGGUUCUGUGCUGCUACAUCUAACGUAUCCUAACUUUCGAUAUAAGUCUAAACUAAUGCGGGGGCAACAGCAGGGAGGGCUACGCUACGGUGGGCGCGCGUCCGUAUUGUACCCUCGGACGGGCCUAGCUUUUAGUUCGUAAGGGGUAGACCGCCCAGCUUACACAACUUAUCCCAGCAAAAGGACACACACACACACACACACAAUGCUCAUCCACCACCACCACCACCAUCAUCAUCCUGUCGCUUCCGGGUGGUUAAGAUAAGGCGCAUGAGUCAGCGGAGGAAGGUAAUCAUAUUUUUUCUUUAGAUCUCAAUUUAUAAACCGGUUUUGUUGAAAAAACUAAUAAACAAUUGCUUGUGAUAACAAUAAAGUCGCUAAUCAUAAUAA